CUUGCAGAAAUGAAGCUGCUCCUGGCCCUGACAGGACUCCUGGCCAUCUUCUCACACUCUGAGGGCACCACUUCAGCUCCCCUGGGAGAGGUGGAGACCUCAGUGGUGCUGACCUGCAUGGAGGAAGCCAAGCGUCUAGUGGACAAAGCUUACAAGGAACGACGGGAAAGCAUCAAGGAGCGCCUUCGCCAGGGCUUGGCCAGCCCCAUGGAGCUCCUGUCCUACUUCAAGCAGCCAGUGGCGGCCACCAGGACAGCUGUAAGGGCCGCAGACUAUAUGCACGUGGCCCUAGGUCUGCUGGAGCAGAAGCUUCAGCCUCAGCUGCGGAGACCCUUCAAUGUCACUGAUGUGCUGACUCCGUCCCAGCUGAGUCUGCUGUCCAAGUCCAGCGGUUGCGCCUAUCAGAACGUGGGGGCGGCGUGCCCUGAGAAGGACAAGUAUCGCACUAUCACAGGGAAGUGCAACAACAGGCGCAGCCCCACGCUGGGGGCCUCCAACCGCGCCUUCGCGCGCUGGCUGCCGGCCGAGUACGAGGACGGCUUCUCGCUGCCCUACGGCUGGACGGCCGGGGUCAAGCGCGAUGGCUUCCCGGUGCCCCUGGCUCGCGCCGUCUCCAACGCGAUCGUGCGCUUCCCCACGGAGCAGCUGACCCCGGACCAAGACCGCUCGCUCAUGUUCAUGCAGUGGGGCCAGUUCAUCGACCACGACCUCGACUUUACGCCCGAGCCCGCUGCCAGGGUCACCUUCAUCUCUGGCCUCAACUGUGAGACCAGCUGCCUGCAGCAGCCGCCCUGCUUCCCGCUCAAGAUCCCACCCAAUGACCCCCGGAUCAAGAAUCAGCGUGAUUGCAUCCCCUUCUUCCGCUCAUGUCCAGCCUGCACUGAGAGCAACAUCACCAUCCGAAACCAGAUCAACGCGCUCACCUCCUUUUUGGACGGCAGCAUGGUAUACGGAAGUGAGGAUCCCUUGGCCAGGGACCUCCGAAACCUGACCAACCAGCUGGGGCUCCUGAAGGUCAAUAGCCGCUUCAGGGACAAUGGCCGGGCCUUGCUACCCUUCGACAACCUGCAUGACGAUCCCUGCCUUCUGACCAACCGUUCUGUGCGCAUCCCCUGCUUCCUAGCAGGGGAUACUCGCUCGAGUGAGAUGCCUGAGCUCACCUCCAUGCACACCCUUUUUGUUCGGGAGCACAACCGGCUGGCUACACAGCUCAAGCGCCUGAACCCCCGCUGGAGUGGGGAGCAGCUGUACCAGGAAGCUCGGAAGAUCGUGGGUGCCAUGAUCCAGAUCAUCACUUACAGGGACUACUUGCCCCUGGUACUGGGGCCAGACGCCAUGAAGAAAUACCUACCCCAAUACCGACGCUACAACGAUUCGGUGGAUCCCCGCAUCGCCAACGUCUUCACCAAUGCCUUCCGCUAUGGCCACACCCUCAUCCAACCCUUCAUGUUCCGCCUGAACAAUCGCUACCAGCGCAUCAGCCGUGUUCCACUUAGUGAGGUCUUUUUUGCCAGCUGGAGGGUAGUGCUGGAAGGUGGCAUUGACCCUAUCCUGCGGGGCCUCAUGGCCACCCCUGCCAAGCUGAAUCGCCAGAACCAAAUCGUGGUGGAUGAGAUCCGGGAGCGGUUGUUCAAGCAGGUCAUGAGGAUUGGGCUGGACCUUCCCGCUCUGAACAUGCAGCGCAGCCGGGACCAUGGCCUCCCAGGGUACAAUGCCUGGAGGCGCUUCUGUGGGCUCACACAACCCAGCACGGUGGGCGAGCUGGGCACAGUGAUGAAGAACCUGGACCUGGCACAGAAGCUGAUGGCCCAGUACGGCACGCCCAACAACAUCGACAUCUGGAUGGGCGGCGUGGCCGAGCCGCUGCAGCCCAAAGGCCGCGUGGGUCCACUCCUCGCCUGCCUCAUCGGAACCCAGUUCAGGAAGCUCCGAGAUGGUGACAGGUUUUGGUGGGAGAACCAGGGUGUAUUCAGCACGCAGCAGCGGCGGGCACUGGCCAAGAUCUCCUUGCCCCGCAUCAUCUGUGACAACACGGGCAUCACCACCGUGUCCAAGAACAAUAUCUUUAAGUCUAACACCUUCCCUCGGGACUUUGUCAACUGCAGCACACUCCCUGCACUGGACCUGGCUUCCUGGAGGAGCGGGUCCUAG